AUGAAGAAAAAGGUAUUGCUGAUGGGUAAAAGUGGCUCUGGGAAGACAAGUAUGAGGUCCAUCAUAUUUGCAAACUACAUAGCAAGAGAUACCAGAAGAUUAGGUGCAACAAUUGACGUAGAACAUUCCCAUGUACGAUUCCUUGGGAAUCUUGUUCUCAAUCUCUGGGACUGUGGGGGGCAGGAGGCAUUCAUGGAAAAUUAUUUUGCGUCACAAAGGGAUAAUAUAUUUCGAAAUGUCGAGGUGUUAAUAUAUGUCUUCGAUGUUGAGAGCCGUGAAAUGGAAAAGGAUAUGCACUAUUAUCAAUCUUGCUUAGAGGCUAUCUUGCAGAAUUCACCAGAAGCAAGAAUAUUCUGCCUAGUCCACAAAAUGGAUCUUGUUGCUGAAGAAACUAGGGAAGAAAUAUUCAAAAGUCGUGAGGAGGAUUUAAAGAGACUGUCUAAACCGCUAGAAUGUACUUGCUUCAGAACAAGCAUAUGGGAUGAAACAUUAUAUAAAGCAUGGUCCAGCAUAGUUUAUAAAUUGAUUCCAAAUGUUAAAGCACUAGAGUCUUCAUUAAAACAAUUUGCUGCAAUUGUGGAUGCCGAUGAGGUGUUGCUUUUUGAGCGUGCAACAUUUCUUGUUGUAUCUCAUUGCCAGCGGCGGCCUCACCGGGAUGCACACCGCUUCGAGAAGGUCUCAAAUAUAGUGAAGCAGUUCAAGCUGUCGUGCUCAAAACUCGCAGCUCAGUUUCAGAGCAUGGAGGUCCGCAACAGUGUCUUCGCUGCGUUCAUAGACGGAUUCACAAGCAACACAUACGUGAUGGUGGAAAUGUCUGAUCCGAAGAUUCCAUCUGAAGCCACGCUCAUCAACAUCCGCAACGCGCGGAAGCACUUCGAGAAACUGGAGAAGUCUAAAGCUAGGUACCAACUUCGAAGCGGAAAAAUCAACGUACUGACUGAACUAACGCUUGCUGUUGUAACGCGUAACAUUACACCGCGCGCAUUUGUAAUAUAUACAUUGGACUGUAUUAAAGAAUCAACAAUGGCACUUGAAAAACCUAUCUUCGACUACCACGAAGAAACUCAUAGCGAUAGAUUGGCGCGAAAGUCAAAGGAAUCUCCUUUUAUGGUUAUAGGUCUCGGUGGUCUAGCAGCUGCAGUGGGUUAUGGCGCAUACGCGUACAAAAAGCGCGGUGCAAUGAGCACCAGUAUUUUCCUUAUGCAAUUCCGAGUAAUUGCGCAGGGCACAGCUGUUGGAGCUCUCACCAUUGGCAUGAUGUACAGCCUCUAUAAGAACCAUUUCGCGAAGAAACCAGAAGCAAUCACUGCUGCUGUUACCAAUGAGCUAAAGUAG